AUGGAGGUCGGCGAGCUUGUGGUUGCGGGGUGCAAGGUGCUGAUCUUGCUGGUGGCGGUGGUGGUUGGCUUUGUGGUGCUGGUGCUGGAGCCGUCAUCGGUGGACGACGAUGGUCGCGAGCUGGGCCGCUCCUCGCCGCCGCCGUCGCGUGAGUCACUCCGCUCGCUCCGGGAGCUGGCUGCCAUCCGCGUCGAUCCGGGCUCGGGGAGAAUGAUCCGUACCUCGCGCGUCGUGCCUCGAGUCGACGAUGAAAGCGUCCGCAUCGCGCGGCUGAGGCGGGCGGCGGCGCACAGCAAGGGCAAGGGCAAGGGCAAGGGCAAGGGCAAGGGCAAGGGCAAGGGCAAGGGCAAGGGCAAGGGGAAAGCCAAGGGCGGGACUGACCGAAUCAGUGUCAUUGCUGGGUCGUCGGGUUGAUGCGCGAGUUUCAUUGGCACUGCGGACAAGCACAUUGAUGUUGGGACGGCAAGUGAUGGCAUGGGAUUCAUCACAUGAUCAGGGGGACUGGGCUGUUCACGAGUCAGCGGUGGCGGUCCACGAGGCAAAGAACUUGCCGCCGCGGAUGGCCGGCGAGCCGCGCGACGGACCUGCAGAGGCACGGCCACGGCCACGGCCACGGCCGCGGCCGCCGCGACCGCGACCACGGCCGCCGCG